AUGCACUGGCCGCACGGAAAAUGCGGUAUAGUGCUAACGGUAAGGUUACCACUGUUGAUGGUGGAUGCUAUGCCCCGGAAGAACUUUCUGCGUGCACCUCUUUCACAUUCAUUUAUGCAUAUCGGUUUUGCAAUUAUGUCGCAACGGCGUUGGCAAUCGACCAUAGGUGAGCAACGGCCCACCGCACGUCGCUCAAAGAAUGCCUACAGCCAUCCUUUGGCGCCCAAAGAUCCCGCUUCCCGCAACAUCGUUGUUCCGGAUGCUGUUCACGCAAAGGUGGGCUCACCAGAUACGCUUCCCGCCGAGAUAUUGCAGAAACGGGCACAACGCGCCUUACUCAUGCAGUUGCAGCAGAAUGUUAUAUGGGAAGGUACAGUAAUAAGUGACGAACGGCACCAUCUCAUACAGCAUUUCGUCAAACUUCGCCAAAACCCAAAAUACCGCUCGUCGAAACAAAUGAUGGUUGUUGGGGGCAGGCAUUUGCUGCACGAACUGCACAAGCGAGGGUACACACCGAGACAUCUGCUCGUCCGUGAGGGACAGCAAAAACCGAAGUGGGCAACGAAUACGGGGGUUAAAACGGAAAUUAUUCGGGUGGACCGACACGUAGCCGAUGUCUGCUCCCCCGGUAACGAUGGUUUCAUAGGUGACUUUGAUAUCCCAAAGCCACCCCCAAAGGAAAGUCUCAUAGCAAACAAGCAGAGGUUUGAUCGCGUACUUGUGCUUGACAACGUGGAUGAUCCCGGUCUUCUUGGUACAGUGUUACGUACAGCGGCCGGGUUUCACUAUGACGCGGUUAUAGCGACAAAUCAUUGUGCAGAUUUAUACGAUCAUCGGGUGAUUCGCGCAGCUCGCGGUGCCCAUUUCCAAAAGGCCGUUCCCAUUUAUACGUUGAAGGAGGAAGAUGGAGAUAACGUGUACGGAAUGUUGAACCACAUUCUGCAAAGAAACGAUUUGUCACCCGUCUGCUUUGCAGCGAGGGAUGAUAACGACGCAACUGACGAACUAGGUGACCUUGUCAGACAGUUACGGUCUGGUUGCGCUCAGCCCAAAUCGCGGACCUCACCUUGCGGAUCCCCAGCGGUAAAGCGGGAAACACUUAGUGAUUACUGUCGCAAUAACUUUACUAAAAGCGAUGCGAAGGGUCAACUUCUCAUGGUUGGGCCCAAUCACAAACGUAAUUCAGUUCGGCGUUGGUCAAAACAACUUAGCAUACCAGUGACCCAAUUGCUUCUGGACGAAGUAUCGCAGACUGAUGCUCUCAUCGCCUUUUCUGUUGUGCUUCACGCCCUGCGGCCACAUGGUAAUUGGGACUACCUUCCCCUUCACAACAACCAGGAGCAACAGGAGACAGCUUCAUUGGAACUUCAGGGGAUGAAGGCCUCUGUGGAUAUUGGACCCAAUCGGUUCGAUUUAAAUGAGAAGGAUCUUAGCCUUGAUGAAGAAGAGCAAGUGGAGAAAGCGCGGCUAGAUAACGAAUUGAUGCGCUGGCGACGCCUACAACGUGCACAAGGAAGUGACUAUGACCAUUGGAUGGAGGCGGAGACGCGGCGCAUCCAAGAGAUGGCAUCUAACGAGAGCCGCAAGCAAGUUAGUCCCUGGGCACGGCUUCGAACGCGCUGGCAGAAGGGUGCAGCAGGGAUGCCGCCGUGGGUCCCGAAUAUUGUUGAUGAGUAUCGCACGCCACUUGACAGAGAUGCUUUACGGGUAGAAAGGGAGGUAAGCGAGUCUCAUGUUAGACCGGAGAAUUACGACAGGUGA